AUGGAGGAGGAGUCGGAAGGCGGCGACGACGACGACGAUAACCCGUUCGACAUCGGCCAUUUGAGCGCUCCGAAGUUUGGAAGCGGCAACAGCAUGAUCCCAGAUGAUCUUGUCCCUCAGCUCAUGGGCCUCACCGUCCUCGAGCAACAGCUUAUCUCCAUGGCCCACCCAAUUGCCAGGGCCUAUCGCCUGCCGGGUGGCCAGUGUGCCUACUCCGGGCAUAUCCUCAACGUCGCCAGAGACGUCACCACGUUUGCAACGUCUCUUCCGUGGCAGGCCAACUCGGACGAUAUCCCCAUCAUCGUCAUCGUGCCCCCCGGGGGAGGAACAUGGCAAGGGCGGGAGUUCAAGGCGUUGAAGAAUUGUGUGGAGAUAGCCCUCAAUUGGCUAAUUGCAAACAACCCGGCGUACAGCAGUGUGCGGAUCGACAUCGAGAACCUCGAUCGCCUGGGCCGGGAAAACGACGACACCGAGCAUGAUCAUGUCAACAACUUCCUACGCCUUCGAAAGGCGGGCCCACCCCAUGGCGCUGGUGGCGGUGGAGGCCCUUCGGACGACGAAGAUUCCUCUUCAACGCGUCGCGACUAUCGUUACAUCGGUGCUCCUUUCCCUGCACGUCCGGACGACGACGUCACCGACCCUCUUCAAGCUGCGGGUGGUAGAACUACAAGCAAUACCCCUAGGGAAUCGUUCAUUCCUACCGACGGAACGGGCGAAACCCCCCAAGAGGACGAAGUGCGAGCAUGCCUGGAAAGAUUGGCAGCCAGAAGGGACGGUGGAGAUGCAUCUGCGAGGGUUCAUCACCCGCGACAGCUGGAUCCACUUCCUGAACAUCAGACGCCUUUCCUGGCGACAAAGUGCUUCCCUUGCCUCUUUCCGCGCGGAGCGGCGGACCCGACAUCCGGAGCACGCCGGAGGGGGGUAGACUUUGUUGACCACGUCACGCAUCUGCUCAAGUUCGUCGAUGCUGUCGAAGAGGAACGGUACCACUACCGCUUCGUCAGCCACCGCCUCUUUGCCUAUUGGUGUAUGGACACGAAAGUGCGCUCGCAAGCGCGAACCCAGUGCCGCAUGUUCAUGAACAACAAUCCGCACAUCGCGCAGAUGUCGGUUGAUGAGGUGUUUGACAACAUAUGGGACAACGUCCAGGGAAUCAUGACUCACAUGAGCCGGUACACUGCAAACCUACCGGGCACUGACGGGUUUUGGCAGAAGGAGCAAGGGCGGCUUGAAAAUGCCGUCGACCAACUUCAGAGCUUGACGGUCUUCACCACGUAUUCCGCGGCCGAUCACCAUUGGUACGACCUGCAUCGUCUAAUGCCUGGUUACAAAGAGGACGACGACGACAAGCCUACCCCGCAACAGCGCACUCAGUGGCUCAUCGAUAACCCCCAUCUUGCAGAUUGGUGGUUUUGGCAGCGCCUACAGGAGUGGAAGGGUGUCUUCCUCGGAAGGGACAUGGGUGACCAAAGGUGGCAAUGGGAUCGGGCCGAGUGGCAAUCUAGAGCAAGCUUGCACGUACAUGGCUGCAGCUCGUGGAUCGUAGAAGCCGUCAGGAACAAGCACCUGACGGACCUCUCCCGACGGUAUCUCAAAGGCUUUCUGGCGCGCAGGCGGGUGAAACAGGGGCGGCUGGAGGAAGGUGCUCCGACCGAUGGCGGGGUGUCAGAUGAGGAGUUUGCUCGGGUCCAACAGGAAAUGUGCACGUUCUUGGUCGCAGUGGGGUUCACGGCGCGUAACCCCGACCCCCCUGCGCCUGAUGAGGCGGUUAGCGAGGAGCAGCGAAGAGCCGCCGCGGAAGGGAUUGCUCGCGACAUGCGGGACUUCCCGUGGGAGGACGAGCAGGCUACGAUGGAGCGCUACAGUCUCCUGUUGAACGCCUGCCAGCGCUACACCAGGUAG